UGAGGUAACCCGUACAACUUUUGUAGAAAUAAACUCAUGUAUGUGUGCACGAUCGUCGCAGGUGCGGAUUGUAGCCAAAGAAGUGACCGUGGAUCUUGGGAGAGUGUCACGUAUAAGGAUCUACCACCGGAAGGCUCAGCAAGUCACUGUUCCAUCGUUUGGAAGGAUUCGCUGUACGUGGUUGGCGGCGAGAGUUUCCGUCGUUCCAAGAUGAUAUACGUAUAUGAUUAUAACGGCAAUGUUUGGGAGACACCUCACAUCGAGGGCCGAAUGCCAUUACCGCGAUAUGCGCAUUCGUGCGUGCUAUUUGGCGACAAGAUAUUCAUGUAUGGUGGCGUCGUGGAAAACUCUACCGUGACCAACGAGAUAUGGGCGUUUGAUGUGUCCUCUAAGAUCUGGGAGAACGUUACCGUGCACGAUAAUUGUCACAACAAGACAAUAUGUGGCCCACUAAAAGUAGCUGGACACACUGCGACCCGGGUAAGCCAUGGCAAGAAGGAGAAGAUGGUUGUGAUAUUCGGCUAUUCGCCACAAUAUGGUUACUUAAACACCGUCCAGGAAUACUCUUUGAGUACGCGCGAGUGGCAGAUUGUCAAGACGAGUGGUUUUCCGGUGAGGGGUAGAUAUGGACACAGUUCUGCGUACGAUCCCCUUACGAAUCUCAUUUACGUGUACGGUGGUUACAUGUCGGAGUCACAAAGUAUGCAUGUUUUGAGCAGUAGGCUGUACUCGUACCACCCUAAUUAUUGUGAAUGGCGUUUGCUUACGUCGGCGCCGUCGGCACGUUUCUUUCAUACGGCCACCUUUGUCACGAGCGGACUGAUGUUGGUGUUUGGCGGUAAUGUGCACAACGACACGCAGCAAUCGCACGGCGCGAGAUGCUACUCAGCCGAUACGCUUGGCUAUGAUGUCACAUGCGAUACGUGGCAUCAGUAUACCAUGCCCAAAGACAUGAACGAUCUUCCAAGAUACGGUCACAGCGCAACCGUCUUCGAGAAGUCGAUGUAUAUCUAUGGCGGCUUUGACGGUGAAAUGCUGUCUGAUAUGUUGAGGUAUACCCCUGGCAAUUGUGAGCAUUUAACGAAUCAGAAUCAGUGCCUGAAUGCCAGGAUAGGCGUAAAGUGUGUGUGGCAUAAACGAGAUAAUCGAUGCCUGCAGAUCACAAAGAUUCCGCAACACGUGCUCAACCACAAGGAAUACGAUGAACACGACGGCGAUUAUAUGAAAUGUAAUCUGGAUGACAAGCCGCCGCGUGGUAUGACGUCGCAUGCAGAACUUUGUAAACUCUUUACCGACUGCGUCACAUGCGUACAAACUUCGUACAAUUGUGUGUGGUGUGGCAAGAGUUGCCUGCACAUGAGUUGCCGGGACAAUCCAAAUUCGCCGAAUUCGGCCAUCACAGAACUAGAGCAUUGUGAUCAGAACACCGGUAUCGAGUGCUUGCAACUGCACACGUGUCAUGCUUGUUCCAGCAAUCCGCGUUGCAUUUGGUCGUGGUCUAAUGGACCUGAUCGUUGCAAACCACAAUCAAAGACUCGAGAGGUGAAUGUGUUGAACAGUACGAUCCAAGCGCAGCGUUUAACGAUGGACCCGUGCCGCAGUCCAUGUGCAGAGUACAUGUCAUGCCGCAAUUGCACAGAAUCUGAUUGUAUCUGGUGUCAAAACGAAGCCAAAUGUGUAGAUAAAAAUGCGUAUCCGGCCAGUUUUCCAUAUGGACAAUGUCGCGAAUGGACGACGAUAGAUGCUCGGUGUCGUGCCACGGAAACUGGCAGGGAAUGGUGCAGUUUCUAUUCGUCAUGCGCCGCUUGCCGAUCAGAUCCCGGUUGCGGCUGGUGUGAUGACGGAUCGGAUACUGGGAAAGGUUCAUGCAUGUCUGGUGGAGCUCGUGGUCCUAGCAGCAAAAGCUCGAACAAAUGUUUGCUUGAAUAUUGGUACUUCACAAAAUGUCCAACUUGUCAGUGUAAUGGUCACAGUAGGUGUCUUCCAAAUACUAGUGAAUGCAUUCAGCCAUGCGGAAACUUGACUUAUGGAUCGCACUGCGAUAAAUGUAUCCCUGGCUUUUAUGGUAGUCCACUCAAUGGAGCUACAUGUCAGCCUUGCUCCUGCAACAAUCAAGGUACUCUAUGCACAAGCGAAACGGGUAAAUGUUACUGCACAACUAAAGGUAUCAUAGGAGAUCACUGCGAGCGUUGUGACGUAUCUGGUCUCUAUCACGGAGAUCCUACGGUUACUAAAGGGUCCUGUUUCUAUGACUUGGCUAUCGACUAUCAAUUUACAUUUAAUUUAAGCAAAAAGGAGGAUCGUCACUAUCGAGCAAUCAACUUCAAAAAUUCGCCACCGAAAGCCGAUAUUGAUGCUGAAUUCUCCAUUACAUGUUCCGUGCUUGCCAAGAUGAAUGUCAGCAUCAAGAAAGUAAACAGUGACGAAGUGAAAUUGGUUACCAACGCAAAUUGCACAACGACCAUGUACAAACAUCGUUUUAGCAAAGCAGAUUAUAACUUCGGCAACGAAGAUAACAAUACCCUCACUACAUUUUACGUGUAUGUCUACGAUUUUCAACCGCCACUGUGGAUCCAAAUCUCGUUCUCUCAAUAUUCCAAAUUGAAUUUACAGCAGUUUUUCAUUACAUUUUGCACGUGCUUCCUCGCUUUGCUAUUGGUGGCUGCCAUUCUUUGGAAGAUCAAGCAAAAAUAUGAUAUGUAUCGACGAAGACAACGGCUUUUCCUAGAAAUGGAGCAAAUGGCUAGCAGAGCAUUUAGUCAAGUUCUAGUGGAAAUUGAGAGACGCGAUGUUGACAACUCUGAUCCAGAACGCGGUGACACCGACUUUACUAAUUGUCGUAAAAAGAAGAAGAAUGCUCCUAGUCCGAUCGCACUGGAGCCUUGUUGUGGCAACAGAGCGGCGGUUCUGUCUCUGCUAGUCAGGUUGCCGACUGGCGGCGAGUCUUAUACGCCAGCCGGACAGAGCGCUGGUUUAGCCGUGGCGUCUGCUUUGGUGACGCUAGGCAGCCCGCGCAGACCGUCUCAGGAAUUAACAACAAAAGAACCGAAAAAAACAAGGAAGUCCGCUAGCCAACAUCCGGAUUCCACUUGUAUUUAA